ACAAUCGAUCUGUUCAGCCCAUCGGACGGGCACUGAUUCUCUUUUUUUUUCAAAAUUUUUGUAAUCAACAAAAUUUUUGUAAUUAUUUUAUUUUAAUUUUAUAUUUUUUUUACUAUUUUCGUUUAUCGGAUUUACCAAAAUUUCCAGUUUUAAAUAUGCAGAGGGAGUGCAUAUCCGUACACGUGGGCCAAGCCGGGGUCCAGAUGGGCGUCGCGUGCUGGCAGCUAUACUGCUUGGAGCACGGGAUCCGACCUGACGGAACCCUGCCCGCUUGUGAAACUGAUCCUAAUACAGCGGAUUCCUGCUUCAAUACGUUUUUUUCUGAGGCUGAUCGAGGGAAGAUGGUGCCGAGGGUCGUGAUGGUUGAUUUAGAGGCUACUGUUAUAGACGAAGUUCGUUCCGGUGAAUACCGCCAACUGUAUCACCCUGAACAGUUGAUAACUGGUAAAGAAGACGCGGCGAAUAACUACGCGAGAGGGCACUAUUCGACCGGACGCGAGGUUCUCAGUCCGGUUAUGGAGCGAAUUAGGAAACUUGCCGAUCAAUGUACCGGACUACAGGGUUUCUUCGUGUUUCAUUCGUUUGGAGGUGGCACAGGAUCUGGAUUCACAUCGCUACUGAUGGAGAAGCUAUCUGACGAGUUUGGAAAGAAGAGUAAACUGGAAUUUGCCAUAUAUCCUGCGCCACAAGUGUCAACUGCGGUAGUGGAGCCAUACAACGCGGUGCUAACUACGCACGCGACCAUCAGUCAUUCGGAUUGCGCCUUCAUGGUGGACAAUGAAGCUAUCUACGACAUUUGCAGGCGAAGGCUGUCUAUAGAGAGACCUUCUUAUGCAAAUUUGAAUAGGCUUAUCUCACAAGUAGUUUCGUCUAUAACGGCUUCACUACGAUUCGAUGGCGCCCUAAAUGUGGAUUUGACGGAAUUCCAAACGAAUCUCGUUCCCUACCCAAGGAUACAUUUUCCACUAGCCGCGUACGCACCCGUUGUUUCUGCUGAUAAGGCGUACCACGAAGGUAUGUCUGUGUCGGAGAUCACUGCGGAACUGUUCGAGCCCCAGAACCAGAUGGUGAAGUGCGAUCCUCGAGACGGAAAGUACAUGGCGUGCUGCCUGCUGUACAGGGGAGACGUGGUCCCGAAGGACGUGAACGCGGCUAUAGCGGCCAUGAAGGGCAGGGCCGGAAUACGGUUUGUGGAUUGGUGUCCUACCGGUUUUAAAGUUGGUAUAAACUAUCAGCCGCCGUCUGUGGUGACGGGCGGGGAUCUGGCCCAAGUGAAGCGGGCCGCCUCUAUGCUCAGUAACACCACCGCUAUAGCGGAGGCCUGGGGCAAGCUUGACCACAAGUUCGACCUCAUGUAUUCCAAGCGAGCUUUUGUGCAUUGGUAUGUAGGCGAAGGGAUGGAGGAAGGCGAAUUCUCUGAAGCGAGAGAAGAUUUGGCAGCUCUGGAACGAGAUUACGAUGAAGUGGCUAUUGAGACGUCAGACAUGCAGCCCGGCGCCGAUGAUGAGUUAUGAUCGUUUUUGUAGCUGAGCUCGAUUUGCACUUUUGCUAUUGUAUAUUUGUCUCUUGUCACAAAGUCUGAAGAAGACGAAUGAGCCUUGCUUUUAAAAUUAUUUAUCCUGUACUUAGGUUUGUUUGUAACGCCUUUGUCAGCAAAACAUUUAGGUGUUAGCCCUGGACCGCAUUAGCCGUCUGCCUUUGUACGAAAAGCGUUUUCACUGAAGCGGACGCCACAAAAUCGCGGCCGCGUUGUUUAUAAUGUUACGUAUAGCAGUCUAGGAAAAUUAAUUAAAGGUUUGAAAAUGUCCGCUGAGGUCGAAUGAUGCUUGGUUGGUUUUUCCCCUACACACACUUCUUAAGCCUGACGAAAUUGUCUUUAUUAGGAAUUUUUUAAAUUUAGUAACUGGAUUUGUGGUCAAUGCCUCCCUCACACGCAUUUUUUACUUCUUCGUCACGUAAUCUUGCGAUAUAUUUCUCUGUUUUGGCCCAAUUCUAAAUUGAAAAGCAAAUAUUGGACGGAGAAGUGUGCGUUAAUGUCGGUGACAAUAUUAUAAGAGCAUGUAGUGCAAAGAGAGUUUAUGUAAAAGUAAUGUCUAGUAUAUGUUUAGUGUUGCGUCAAAAUAAGUAAAAAGUUUAUAUGAGUGUACCGUCUGAUGUUUUGUUUAUUAAAGCUACGAUUUUAAAAA